CCAGGAUGGGAGGAACAAGUCUAACAACAAGUUCCAAGAAGCUCUACUCAUCCCUUCUGAGCCUCCUUUUUCUUCUUCUCCAGUCUGCCUCUGGACAGGAGCUGAAGUUUGUGCUCUUAAUUUAUCGACAUGGUGACAGAAGCCCCAUUGAAAAUUAUCCUACCGACCUACACAAUGAAAGUGAGUGGCCGCAAGGAUUUGGACAACUAACUAAGAUUGGAAUACAGCAGCAUUAUGAGCUUGGGCAAUACAUAAAGAACAGAUACUCCAAUUUCUUGAGUAGUACCUACAAACGGGAAGAGGUUUUGAUCCAGAGCACAGAAACUGAUAGAACCAUUAUGAGUGCCCAAGCAAAUCUUGCUGGUCUAUUCCCCCCUUCUGGCGAUGAAAUCUGGAAUCCAGAACUUCUUUGGCAACCUGUUCCAGUACAUAUUGUACCCAAGGAACACAAUCCAAAAUUACGAUUUCCAAUGUUUCACUGUCCACGUUAUUUGAAACUUCUGAAAGAAACAAUUAUCUCCAGUGAAUUCCAGCUCAAGGUGCAGCCAUAUCAGGAAUUUAUAAAAAUGGUAUCUUUGCAUUCAGGAUAUAAUCCUGAGACUCUGGCACAUUUGGACAAUUUUAAACUCUGGCAUGUACAGGAUACUUUAUUAUGUGAGUCUAUUCACAAUUAUACACUACCUGAAUGGGCAACAAAAGACGUAAUGGCCAAACUGGAUGAACUAACAGUGAUGUCUUUGUCAGUACUAUUUGGUAUACACAAAAGAGAAGAGAAGGCACGGCUGCAAGGAGGACUCCUUGUGAAAGAUAUCUUAGAAAAGAUUUCAAAUGCCGCUAGAUAUCCAGGCAAGAGAAAGAUGCUGGUCUAUUCUGCACAUGAUACAACACUUGGAGCCCUGCAGAUGGCACUCAACAUUUACAAUGAACAACUAUUUCCAUAUGCUGCUUGUCAGUUUUUUGAAUUGUAUCAAGAAAGUAAUGGGGAGUACACAAUCGAAAUGUAUUUUCGGAAUGACACUACGAAAGAACCCCAUCUACUUACCCUCCCUGGCUGCUCAUCUGCGUGUUCACUAUCACAAUUUGCAGAACUGGUUUCUCCCAUCUUAGUCGAAGACUGGGAUAGUGAAUGCCAGAAAACAGAAGAAGAAAAAGAUAGUGACUUGGACAUGAAUCCAGAAGCUAAAAGACCAACAGUGCCAAUGGAAAAGAUACUAGACGUCAGUGCCUCAAGUGAACCAUACAUCUCCAAGCCUAAGAUAACUGGAACUCGUAAACCAGUCAUCACCAAUCUCAGACCAGGCAUUGCAUUCCCUUAAUUCAACAAUGGGCCACAACCCAUUGGGCUAGGGCAUCCGCAUAGAAAAGGUGCUUGGCAAGAGUUCUUGGAAAGAGAAAGGGAUGCUCAGCUGCAGGUCCAAGGCCUGUCCUUUUAAGGCUUUCACAUUAUCACAGAGGGGGCAGAGCCAGAGAUGGGUAGAGUUCAGAGUGUUAAGGCAAAAAAAGACACCAGUCUGAUCCAAGAACUUAUUGGAGUAAUUGACUCACUUGGCCCUGCCCUGCCCAAGGGAUUCCCUCUGAGAGCUGGCUGGCAAUUUUUUGUGUCUGUUCUGCCCAUAUGGGCAAAGGGAAAUAUUAUAAAGAUACCUGACUGGCUAGAAAUGGUCUGGAAAGGAAAAGUCAGGUUUCAGGACACAGUAUCUUUUCAAAAUUCAUUCAAUGAGUUUGUUUAAAAAAAGUCUUACAAGUUAGCACAUCUUGAAAAUAAAAUUUGUUUUAAAUAAAGUUAAGAUUUAUGUACUUGUUUGCAAAUGAAACUUUAGCAUCUAUGGAUUCUAGAGAUUUCAACUGUUAGGCACAUUAUUCAUUUCCAAUAUGAUCUCACCUCUAUGUGGGAAUGUGUGUGUGCAUGCACAUGCAUCAUUUUUAUACCCAUACGGCAAGUCAAGGCGGGUUACAAAUUGGCACGAUUCAAUGCCAUGCAUUCAUAAAAGUGCAUUUAAAAACAGUCAACAUAAUAAUAUAAAAACAUAUAUAAAAUCCAUUAAAACAUGUAGUCAUCAAUGUCAUCUUGUUAAAAUCCUUUUCCAGUAACAUUAUCUGGCCAUUCUAUGUUCAUCAUUCAUAGUUUCAUGUUAUCUGAAAAUAAAAAGAUCCUGUCUGGAUUAGACCAAAGGUCUAUUUUAACCGGAAUCCUUUUUAAGAACAUAAGAAGAUCCCUGCUGGAUUGGACCAAAGGCCUGUCUUGUUAGCUGGAUUGCUUAUGGCUCCAUACUCUGUGUCGUUUUACAAACCUUUAUCAUACUUUUUUUAAACUACAACGUUUUGGCAUAAUUAGCUUUUCCAGUAGGAAAUCACUUUCAUUGCCCUUUCCUGAUCUUUUCGAGCUCUGCAAUAUAUUGUUGGGAUGAGAUAACCCAAAUAUUCCACAGUGUUCUGCAAAUUGACAAGACUACCAUCUUUGUAAAGGCAUUCUGGUACUGGAAGAUUAUUUUCAGUCCUUCUUUUAAUGGAAAUGUCUAUGUUUUUUCAUUCAGCAAUUUGAGGGGGUUUUUUGUUUUGUUUUUUCCCUAAGCAUAAUAACUGCAAGGUUCUUUUUCUAGUUAGUCAUUGUGCUUCACACCUGCCAGUGAAUAUAUGAAGUUAGGGUUUACUCUUUUGUUCCAAAUGUGUAUCAUUCUAUACUUAUUGUAGUUUGAACAUCAUUGCUAUUUUAUUCUCUGCUUAUCUAAAAUUUAAUAAAUUAACCUGUCUGUUUUAUAGUUUGCUAGGAUUUACCAUAUAGCAUAGUGCACAACUGGAUGGAUCAACCUGUCUCUGCUCUGUGUUUUUUGCUUACUUUAUUCCAGAACUUGGAGAAGUUAUCCUUUGUAUAGGAUCCUUUGACUAGUAUGACCAGUGGCCAUGCAGACUGAACUUAGGAAGGUUUUAUUCUGUUUGCACAGAAUGGUAAUGGUUUCAGUUGUUUCAAGCAAGGAAAAAUAAUUUAUAUUCUAUAUAAAUUAAACUGAUCAAUAAUGAACUCAUGGUGUCUCUCAUGGCAUUCACAUGAUGCAUGGCGCUGAUUUGCCCUGCAUAUCUGGAAAGGUAGCUUAACUCAGCCUUGUCACACAUUACCCCAAAGUUUCACUGGACAUUGGGGCAGUGCAAACAGUUCAGCCAGUUCUGAUUUAGAACUGACCGCUGCCAUCCCACUUUCCCUCACCUCGUGCAACCUAGAGACAAAGGAUGGCAUUUGCCAGUCCCACCCUGUCCCAGUUGUAGCAGUGAUCAUAGGCCACGAAAUUACUUGAGGUCUUUGUCAUCACCAGUGCUAACUUUAGUUGAAGCGCCAACAUGACUUGCAGAGGGAAGGGUGAAAGAAAGGGGUCAAUCCCUCCUUUUUCCCAUUCCCACUCCAAGUCAUGCUGGUGCUUCCACAGCAGCUUGGAAGUUGGCCAUGAAGACUCUUCAAGACAGAUUCAAAGAACUCUAUUCUUGAUCAAUCUCAGGUUAAGUGGCCUGUGUUAGAUGUGCCAGUGAGGCACUGAAUCUUCUCUGGCUUCCAGACUGAACUUCAAAUGAGAUCUCCAAAGAAGCCCAAUAUCCCGAGCCAUAAAAUAAGUUCAGCACCUUGGACAGUUCUGUUAGGGUUUUUUCCCCAUCGAACUCACUACUCCAGUAGCAUAGAAGCUACCAGACUCCAUCUUCAUGUGUUUUGGUUAUUUUUAGGGUAGAUCACUUUAGAAUGAUGGCGCUUAAGUCAAGAGUAAAGUUUCAUUGAUUUCAGUUUGGACUGCUCCAAACGUUUGCUUCUUGGCUAUGCAGACAUUCAGCUAUGAGAUAUGGGUGUUUAAUGUACAUAAUGGUGCACUGCUUGUUUCUCAUCUUGCAAUAUCAUGUACCCAAUCCUUUUAAUGUUCCCUGUUUUUAUGAUCACAAAAUAAAUUAUCUAUCGAGCUAAUGGUAUUGUACUGUACUAAUGUCCAUUAGUCAAGCAGGAAUGACCGUCCUGCUUGACUAAUGUCAACCUUGAUGUCCAUGGUUAUUUGCCCACACAGUAUUUCAAAUAUCUAAAACCAUCUGUGCCUACUCAAUAGAAAGUCUCUCAUACCAAAGGUCAGAAUCUUUCCUUAUUUUUAACUCAAUCACAAUCACUUGCUGUCCACUUGAUUUACUCUCGUAAGGAAAAGAGUUAGAUUUUUUUUUAAAUCACAUUUUAAGAAAUGCAUAUGACAACCGUAUCUGCAAAGGAUAAAUUUCAAGACCACCACUCCCACCUGAAACCAUAGAUAGUAGUGAAUUCUUCACAUUGACUAUACUUUGGCCAGAAGUAUAUCAUGGAAUUAGACUGGGAGAUCUAAAGAGGUCCAUAAACAAAAGUAUUCCACUGGGGAAUAUACAUAUUUUUGGAGGGUAGGGAAGUGAAACUGUGAGUAAACACCUUUGCAGAAGCAUACGAGAAGUUUGGCCUCACAUUGAAGAUCGAGGAAACCAAAGUGCUCUUCCAGGAGUCACCAGCCAAUUCCUCUGCAAUGCCACAAAUAUAGCUCAACAGUGUAAUAUUAGAAAAUGUUGACCAUUUCCGCUACCUUGGCAGUCACUUCUCCACAAAAGUCAGCAUUGACACUGAAAUACAACACUGCCUGAGCUCUGCGAGUGCAGCAUUUUUCCGAAUGAAGCAGAGAGUGUUUGAGGAUCAGGACAUCCGUAGGGAGACCAAGGUGCUUCUUUAUAAAGCUAUUGCCCUCCCAAUCCUGUUAUGCACCUGCAAAACGUGGACUGUUUACAGACAUCACACUCAACUCCUGGAACAAUUCCAUCAGCGUUGCCUCCAGAAAAUCCUGCAAAGACCCUACAUUUGGAAGGCAA